AUGGCUCAAUAUACUUUUACUGUUGAAAUGGCUUGCAGUGGAUGUUCUAAUGCUGUGAAGCGUGCCUUGACUAAACUUGAAGGUGUGGACAAUAUUGAUAUUGAUUUGGAAAAACAAACUGUGGUUGUGGACACAAAUCUACCUCGUGAAUCUGUUUUGGAAACCAUCAAGAAAACUGGCAAAACAGUCAAGGAAUAA